AUGAAGUCAGACGCGCAGUCUCACCUGUCCGCAGUCAGGCUUUCAAAACCUAAGCGUGUGCAGCUCGAACACAGCUCCGGGAGCCGGGAUCGGGUGCCCGGAAUGCAAAAGGCAGCAUCACAAGCUGAUAACGAAAGGCAUAUCCGAAAAGGCAACACGGAGCUAGACCUUUCCCGUACCGUCAUUAUGGCCAGGCAACCAUUUGAAUGUCGCUGGGGUAUCUUGGGCGCUGGUGGUAUAUCUGAGAAAUUCGUCAGAGACCUUUUGAUUGAUCCGCAAACUCGCCAAGUCUCUGAUAUCCAUCAUCGAGUUGUUGCGAUCGGUUCGCGAUCAGUCGCCAAAGCGGUGGACUUCAUCAGUCGCAUUGGAGGCUUGGAAGCGCAUUCACCUAAGGCGUAUGGCUCUUAUGAGGAUUUGGUUUCCGAACCAAAUCUCGAUGUCAUUUACGUCGGUACCCCACAUUCCUCUCACUUCUCGGACGUGAUGCUUUGCUUGGGAAAUAAGAAACACGUGUUGUGCGAAAAACCGAUGUCGGUUAAUGCGGCCCAAGCUCGAGAGUUGUGUCGAUUAGCCGCAGAACAAGAAUGCUUUCUGAUGGAAGCCGUGUGGACUCGGUUUUUGCCCAUUACCCAUAGCUUCCAAAAAUUAAUUGCGUCGGGAGUAAUUGGCGAAGUUCAGCGGGUUGAUUCGGAUUUGAGCGUCGAUUUCUCUCCAGAUUCAUUGGACCCUGACCAUCGCCUGGUUAAUUCGGAGCUAGCUGGCGGGGCACUUCUUGAUUUAGGUCCUUAUCCAUGGACAAUGCUUGCACUCACAUUACUUCAUCAAAACAUCAAACCCGAAUCAUCAUCUUUCCACGACGAAAAAGCUGCCACGCCAGCACCUAUCAACCUGCCAAUACCCAAGAUAUCUGCAUCUGGGACAAUGUAUAAGCAUCCCAACGCCAAUCUUUCAUCUUAUCCAGUGGAUGGCUCAGUGAUAGCAGUUCUUGAAUUCCCUACCCCUUCUGGUGGACAGGCACAAGGGUUAUUGAUUUCCAGCAUGUUUCAAAACACCAAUCAAGAUAGGGCAGUGACUAUCUAUGGCACCAAAGGUAGAAUCAGGAUUCCAUCUCCUGCAUGUUGUCCACAUGAGUUUGGAGUGAAACUCUACCCUGAUAAAAUCACAGAAGGCGCUUCUAUCUCGAGUGAAGAAAAGGACAGACAACACCGGGAGGUGAUCCACUCGUUUGAGAUUCCAGGAAAUGCACGAGGGUAUAUGUGGGAGGCCGAUGAAGUUGCAAGAUCUAUAGCAUCCAACACGCUUGAAUCCAAACGUAUGCCUCAUAGCGAAAGCAUAUUGAUGAUGGAAGUUUUUGACGAGAUUCGCAGACAGAUUGGAUUGAAAUAUCCCAAUGCUAUCCAAUCAAUAUCUUAA